UACAACCAUGUUCCUUUGCUGAGCAACUGAAACUCCUACACUACAACAAUAUAAAAGUGAUCAAACGACAAUUAUAUGUACCAGAAGCAAAUGAGGAAGAAAAAUAACUCAUUUUCUUUCAAAGUCAAAGGUUGAUGAUAGGGAAAGAUUUUUUACAUUAUUUACAAUAGAAAACAGCAGAACAAUUCAAGUAAGGCUGCACCUAUUACUGGCAUUUGGGACUUGAGAACACUGACGGAUUGUCCAAGUUACAGGAGCAAUAUUUCUAUACAAUAUGAACCUAGAAACGGAUACAUUUUGCCAAGAAUACCUAGCACAUAAAGGUACAGUAGUAAAACCAUAUUACUGGCUAACAGUGAGCCAAAGCUGUGUCAAGUGCCCUUAUCACAUACAAACAGGUGAAGAAGCAAGAGUUCCUUAUGUAGAAUUCCAUAAGGCCUUUGGAUUCCCAUACAGAUCAAUGCCUUCCCAUAAUAAACACCUUCUAUUUUAUGAAUUGCGGGAUUCAUCAGGGAAAUUAACUCAAAAAGGUCAUGCUACAAAUUGCACAGAGUACAACAUUCAUCCAGAAUCAAUGUUAUUUGAAAUAGGCGGUUAUCUAGAUUCAGUUGUGCACAAUUAUGAGAAUGCUGGAUGCAUAAUUAUUUAUUCAAACUACUCACCUUGUAACGAGGCAGAGCAUGGCUGCAUAAGCAAAAUGUACAACUUCCUGAUGAAGUAUCAAGACAUUACACUCUGCAUUUAUUUUGCACAGCUGUACCACACAGAGGAGGAUUUCCCAGUAUCCACAUGGAACUGUGAAGCUUUGCAAAGCCUGGCUAGCAUGUGGCCUCAGGUGACAUUGAGCCCACUGUGUGGUGGACUUUGGCAUUCCCUCCUAAACAGUUUUGUGACUAAUAUACCACACCCAAGACUCCACCAUCCAAUUUUGCCUGCAAGAGUAUGGGCUGAUAGACAAAAUGCACAACAAAUUAGCAGCAUUACAGGAAUGAAAUUCCCUUUUAUGAAGACCCUGCCUCAGCCAGGCUAUGGAAAACCAACUGUUCUGCCAUCUCUGCAAAAGUACUUUUUGCCCAGUUCACACUCUCAGGAUCUAGCACCAAUGAUGAAUGGUAGAUUGCCCCCUCUGAGGAUACUGCCCCCCCUUUCAACACCUUCCGUUGAUGUUUUUCCCAGUUUUAGAAAGCAGCCACUAUACCCCCAACCUAAAAAUAUUGUCAGACACUUAAAAAUGCCAGAUAAGUCAUUAAGCAAAGCUAAACAUUUGCAAGUAAUUCAAAACGGAAGAUCUGUUUACAUGGAAUGAAUUACUGAACGAAUUUAAAGUAUCAAGUCUAAAGAGCAUGAACCGCACAGAAACAGGAUCCAAUCAAACUCAUUCAAAAAUUGAAUGCAGGGCUGACAAUUCACUCUGCAUGUACGCAGCUCAAAUGGCUCUACAUGUUUUUCAUAUGUACUGUGGCUAUUAUGCCAGCAUAGGAAAGACCAACUUCAAGCAGCUGGAUGAAGAGACAAGGCAAUCCUGCUGGUCAGUGUGACUACUGGACAGUGUCAUCCUCCAUUUUCUGUUAGAGUAUUAAGACAGCUUUUCAUCUUAAGGAUCUUUCCUUUGUAAUAAUUAUUUUGUACUGAUUUGUUGUCAUUCUUCUAUGCAGUUUUGGCUGUAAACUUGUACCUGCCAACAGAAAGCUAAGACAUAAAUGUAAUAAAAUAAAUCCAGUCAUCAAACAUGCUGCAUGUAAAAGACUAAUUAUCAAUUCUUCUAUCAUCUCCAGAAAAUACCUUCAGUCAGCCGAGACAUCAUCAGAGUUAUUUGGAAAUUCAAUUUCUUGUUGCUACGCCUUGCUUUUUUACUUUUUUGUGGAUAUCACAUGUAGCUAGCUAUUCAAACUUCCCUGUGAAAUUAUUAAAAAGUACUUGUAGGCAUAAUGGUUCGGAGUGGGUGGAUACCUAUUCCUGGGAUAAACUUGCAUCUGAUGAAGU